ACUCUUUAUAUCAAUCCCCUUCUCUUCUCUCCGGCGAGAAUCUGGAGCGCAAAAAAGCGGACACAACCAAUAUUAAUUUGCGAGCUUUUUAGCUGCGUUUCUGAGUUCUUAAUAAGCUGCUUGAUAAGCUUCAGCGUGUUCUUUAGCUUGCUCUUCAUAUCUCUGAAGUCUUACGUGUUCACUGCAGUGGCUCGUAUGUGUUUCUGAGGCGAGCGAAAGAGAUCGAGAGAAAUCAACAGCGCUCAGAUCAGCCUUAAAAAAAUGCCUAAAAGCAGCUCCUCGCUCCUUCACCCAGUUCCCUCCCUCUUUACUUCCCAGAAACUCUUCAUGGGUUUCUCUCCGAAGGGCCUCUCCGAUUCCGAAAUCUCGAUAAGCCCAACUUCUACACUUGAGACCAAACACUACUUGUCUAAGACUGACGUCGAUCGCAAAACCCCCCCUAGCGGGCUCGCUCUUGUUGACAUCCUCAGUAACGAUAGUAACAAUAAUAAUGCCAGCGGUGAAAACAAACUAUUCGUUUUUGGGUCGUCACAACUGAAGGUUAGAAUCCCGUCGGUCCAAUCCAAGUCAGUGGCGUCUCCUCCUCAAUCACCCUCCAUCGAGUUCGGAGUCAAGACGAAGGAUUCUCAGUUGGCUCUCCGCUCUCCUUCAUUGGGUUGCGGUGCUGGGCCCUGCUCUCCCUUGGCCCCUGAGCUCUUGAUUGACAUGGAGCUCUCGGAGGAGUACACUUGCGUGAUCUCCCACGGGCCUAACCCGAAAACUACUCACAUAUUCGACAAUUUCAUCGUUGAGAGCUGCGAUGGCGAUGGAUUCGUAGCCUUCAGGCACAAGGAGUCAGGACGCGCUGAAGACGGGUUCUUGAGCUUUUGCCAUUCUUGCAAGAACAGCCUCUCACGAGGGGAGGACGUUUUUAUGCACAGAGGUGAGAAAGCCUUCUGUAGUGAAGCGUGUAGGCGCAGAGAGAUGAUGUUUGAAGAACCAGAGAAGAAUUUUUCACAAGACCUCUCAGAUCUUCUAUAAUUUGUAACUUGAAGCGAAUUUCUUUUGCUGUUAUCUUUCACCCAUCUUCACCAUGUUUUGUAAGUUCUUCAUUUGUGUGGGGCAUCUAAGGAAUCUGUCAGAACAUAUGCUUUUUUUUUAAAAAAAAUAUUUAGGCAUCUUUUUGUAAAUUGGUUGUAGCAUAAUUGGGUUCCAAUCAAGAUGUUCAAUGAAUUUUGUA